CUUGGCAACAAACGAACACACGACUUUUUUAUUCGCAUCGCGCAUAAUAUUUUAUUACAUUUUAGUGCUAAUAAAACAAUAUUUUCAAAAGAAUUAAACUAAAUGUAAUUUACAAUAAUUAAACGAAAUAAAAACAUAAAAUAGUCAGUGGAAUUAAUCGAAAAUAAAGCUAAUUGUUUAAAGAAAAAAUCAACAAGUGGUGGAAAUACAAAGCGGAAUAAAAAAACAAAGUUGGCAAAGUCCACAAAACGAAAAAAAUUGUGUAUUAGAAUUGUGGCUCAAAAGAAGUAUUAUAAAACGAGGUGAUUAUUCACUUUUGUAGAGAAAUUUUUAUAUUAAAAAAAAAACAAAAUUUUAUGUGUUUCUUAAGUUAAAGCUCAAAUAUACUCUAUACUCGUUGAAAAAUCAGGCCAGUCAUCAGCUACGGCAAUAUCAACAUAAUUUUUUUUACGAUUCAAGACCAGCUUCAUUGCUAUAAAAAUAAAAUCUUAUACAAACAAAUCAUCCAUCUAUACAACAGCUCGAAUCCCAUACAGCACAUUUUGAAAAAAAAACACGACAAACAUUGGGUUUCCUACCAACAACAACUAUAGGGAAUUAUUAAGUGGUGCUAUAUGUUGUUUCAAUAAUUUGUGUGCUGACUUAAAAAAUAACGAAAAAAUAUUGUCUUUGCAAUUUGCUGAUAUUUUGGUUUCUAUGACGUAAACUCGCGCAAAAUACAAGAAUGUCUAAACAUGAAAAAACAAAAUCGGGUGGCCUACUGGAAAAUUGGUUUGGUCGCCCCAAGACCAAAGGUGGCAACUACAGUACCGGCACUUUAUCCGGCCGGCCAACGUCGGCGGAAGGUGAUGCUGCUUUCGAUUUGCAGGAAUUGGAAAAAACCAUACGAGGCCUCAGUGACUCUGAGGUGGAUAUUAAGUUUAUGGAAAUUCUAGAGGACAUGAAUAUACCAAAAGAUAAACGUGGUCCUCUGCUCUCCAAAUCUAUAACCGAAAGACAAAAAAUGAUUUUUAUGCACUUAAAAGGCAAAAAUUCCCUAGAACAUCGAGCAAAUUCAAAAUUUGAAAAACCCUUAGAUUACAUAGAGUACCUGCGCAAUGGAGAACAUAGUGAAAAUAAAAUUUAUGCCUGUAUCGAAAGUUUACGCGUGGCGCUCACAAAUAAUCCGCUGUCGUGGAUUAAGGAAUUCGGCGAAGAUGGCAUCGAUGAAAUUAUCAAAUUACUUAGACGCUGUAAGCAAGAGCAACGUAUCGAGCUGGAAUGCAUAAAAUGUUUGAAGGCGAUUAUGAAUAAUACAUGGGGUCUAAACCUAGUACUUACACCCGAUCAACAUACUGUAGUAUUACUUUUGGCACAAUCGUUGGAUCCGCGCAAGCCUAGCACCAUGUGUGAAGCGGUCAAGUUGUUGGCUUCAUUCUGUUUGGUACACGAUCGUAAUGGUUAUGACAAAGUAUUAAGAGCGAUAACAACAGCCGCCUCAACGUCGUACAAGUCUAGUGAACGUUUCCGGCCCAUAGUGGAUGCUUUGUUUUUGGACGAUAAAUUCGAUCCACGUAGAGAGCUGGCAUGUCAUAGUUUAAUUUUUAUUAAUACUUUAACAAACACACACAGUGACUUGAACUUUCGUCUGCAUUUGCGAUGUGAAAUUAUGCGUAUGGGCUUGUAUGCCAAGUUUGAUAGAUUUAAAGAAAUCGUGGAGAAAAGUAAUAAUGAUGCUUUGAAGCAGCAUUUUAAAAUCUUCAAUGAAAUUCGUGAAGAUGAUUUUGAAGAGUUUACCCAACGUUUCGAUAAUGUCACCUAUAAUAUGGAUGAUGUUACCGACUGUUUUGAUGUCAUAAAGAAUAUUGUCACCGAUACGCCAUCUGAACCUUAUUUCCUAUCGAUAUUACAACAUUUACUCUAUAUACGUGAUGAUUUCUAUUAUCGGCCAGCCUACUACCAGCUAAUUGAAGAGUGUGUGUCACAAAUUGUUUUUCACAAACUUGGUGAUCCCAAUUUUGAAAAUCGCGACUUUCAUAUUGAUUCUUCGCUGCUUUUGGACGACAUUGUGGAGAAGACGAAAGCCAAAGAGACCAAGCGUUCCGAGGAGUAUGAAAAGAAAAUAGAAGAAUUGGAAAUUGCCAAACAGGAAGCGGAGGCAAAGGCGGCUCAUUUAGAGGAAAAAGUUAAAUUGAUGGAGGCGACUGGAGUUGUGGCUCAAUCGCCAAAUAAAUUGCCAAAGGUAAAUAUACCAUUACCUGGUGGUGGGGGUGGUGGACCACCACCUCCUCCGCCGCCACCAAUGCCGGGUAUGCCCAGAGGUGCCGGUGGUCCGCCUCCACCUCCUCCUCCUCCAAUGCCCGGUAUGGGUGGUCCAAGACCACCACCACCUCCACCCAUGCCUGGUAUGGGUGGACCACCAGGGCCACCACCUCCACCUAUGCCAGGCAUGCCCGGCAUGGGAGGUCCACCACCGCCACCCAUGCUUAUUCCUAUGGCUCCCGUACUCCCGCAUGGCUUGAAACCCAAGAAAAAAUGGGAAGCUAAGAAUCCUAUGAAACGUGCUAACUGGAAAGCCAUUAUACCUCAAAAAAUGUCAGAAAAAUCCUUUUGGGUUAAAUGUCAAGAAGAUAAAUUGGCCACAGAUGAUAUGCUGACAGAACUUUCGCUCAAGUUCUCUUCGAAGCCGGUAAAAAAAGAUCCCAAAGAUUCCGUGGAUAAGCCGACAACAUUGACAAAGAAAAAUAUUGACUUAAGAGUUCUCGAUGGCAAGGCGGCUCAAAAUCUUUCUAUACUCUUGGGUGGUUCACUCAAACACUUGUCAUAUGAACAAAUCAAAAUAUGUCUUUUACGCUGUGAUACCGACAUUUUGUCUUCCAAUAUAUUGCAAAAUCUUAUACAAUACUUACCACCGCCAGAGCAAUUGAAACGUCUACAGGAAAUUAAAGCUAAAGGAGAACCUCUGCCGCCCAUUGAACAGUUUGCAGCUACUAUUGGUGAAAUAAAACGCCUCUCGCCCCGUCUACAUAAUCUCAAUUUCAAGCUUACCUUCGCCGACUUGAUGCAAGAUAUAAAGCCCGACGUUGUGGCUGGCACUGCUGCCUGUGAAGAGGUGCGCAAUAGCAAGAAGUUCUCAAAAAUCCUAGAACUUAUAUUACUCAUGGGUAAUUACAUGAAUUCUGGUAUGAAAAAUGAUCCGGCGUUUGGUUUUGAAAUCUCCUAUCUGACCAAAUUGACCAACACAAAAGAUGCCGAUAACAAACAAACGCUGCUGCACUAUCUGGUCGAUGUGGUGGAGAAGAAUUUCCCGGAUGCUUUAACAUUCUACAACGAUAUGACACAUGUCGACAAGGCGUCACGUGUCAAUUUAGAUGCCAUACAAAAGUCAAUGAGACAAAUGACUUCUGCUGUUAAAAAUUUAGAAACCGAUUUGCAAAACAAUAAAGUGCCACAAUGUGAAGAUGAUAAGUUUAGUGAAGUGAUGGGUAAAUUUGCCGUAGACUGUAGGCAGCAAGUGGAUGUGCUGGGCAAAAUGCAAGUACAAAUGGAAAAACUGUACAAAGAUCUGGGUGAAUAUUUCGCCUUUGAUCCCAGCAAAUAUACAAUGGAAGAAUUCUUUGCUGAUAUUAAAACCUUCAAAGAUGCCUUUGUUCAGGCCCACCAAGAGAUUAUACGUCAACGCGAGGAGGAAGAGAAGAAACGACGCAUGCAAGAGGCCAGAGAACAAUCGUUGCGCGAACAACUGGAGAGACAACAACGUAAGCUGGCCUUAGUCGAUAUGGAUGCGGCCCAAACGCAAGAAGGUGUUAUGGACAGUUUGCUAGAAGCAUUACAGACAGGUUCCGCCUUCGGUAACCGCAACAAUCGCCAACAGCGAAGACAACGACCGGCCGGUGCUGAGAGACGUGCGCAACUAAGUCGUUCGAGAUCGAGAACAAGAGUUAAUCCAGGUGCUCUGGUGACGCGAGAAAUGCUCAGUAAUGAAGCUUUAAUGGGUUCUGCAUAAUAACUUAUUCCUAACUUUACUCUAAUAAAUAUCAUGUAUAUAGAAAAGAAAAACAAAAACACAAUGCCACUUCAUAGACAUUUAAGUCAUUAUAAAAUAUAAAAUUUUACUUUUAACUACUACUUACUACUAUACCUACUAUAAAUGGAUCUAUUAUGAACGAUUUUCGUUAAUUACUUAACUUAACCAAUAAUCGAUCUUUAACUAUUCUUUAUAACUUUAUAAAUAUAUACAUAUAUUUUUAUACAUCGAAAAAUGUACUUGUAAAAUAAAUAAAUAAAAAAGUACUCAUUUUUUAUUUAUACAAAAACAAAAACAA